CACAGCGUCUACGCGUGGCAGUGUUAAGCGACGCAAAAGAUGAAAGCAGUAGCUUACGAUCUUGGAAUCAGCAGCUUCCUUCGGUGUCCACAGGGCCUGAUAAGGAAAGCACUCCUGUUGGCCAUGGAUGGGCGUAUGGAG